GAACGUCGAGCGCGGAGAACCUCACUUACUCGACCGAAGCACAUCGACAACCACCCCAUCGACCUGCCGCUCCCCGGGACUUUCACAAUGAAGUUCAUGAAAGUGGGCCGUGUGGCCAUCAUCACCCGUGGCCGUUACGCCGGUAAGAAGGUCGUCAUUGUCCAGCCUUUCGAGACUGGCUCUAAGGCGCACCCCUUCCCCUACGCCAUCGUCGCCGGUAUCGAGCGCUACCCCCUGAAGGUCACCCGCCGUAUGGGGCAGAAGACCGUUGAGAAGCGCAGCCGCAUCAAGCCCUUCAUCAAGGUCGUCAACUUCAACCACCUCAUGCCCACCCGCUACACCCUUGAGCUCGAGGGUCUCAAGGGCGCCGUCACCGCCGAGACCUUCAAGGAGGUUUCCCAGCGCGAGGACGCCAAGAAGACCGUCAAGAAGGCUCUUGAGGACCGCUACACCAGCGGCAAGAACAGAUGGUUCUUCACUCCUCUGCGUUUCUAAACGGGAUAUCCUGGGGCGUUUUGUCGUUUGAGCGCGCAAGGUCUUGAUGAGGCAAAAGGGAAAAGCAAACGCAUCGAG